AUGAUAGAAUUCAUCUUACUUGUCAAUAAGCAAGGCCAGACUAGGCUCUCCCAGUACUACAACUCCUAUACAGUAAAGGAGAGAGUUUUGUUGGAAGGAGAGUUGGUCAGAAAGUGCCUAAGCAGGACUCAAAAGCAAUGCUCUUUCUUUAAUCACCAACAAUUCAAAGUUAUCUAUCGUAGAUAUGCAUCCUUAUACUUUAUCAUUGGAAUUAACUCUGAUGAAGACAUCAAUGAACUGUCCAUGCUAGAGUUCAUUCAUAACACUGUUGAGACUCUCGAUAGGUACUUUGAAAAUGUAUGUGAACUUGAUAUCAUGUUCAAUAUUGAGAAAGCUCAUUUCAUAAUUGAUGAGAUGAUCAUGAAUGGAUGUAUCCUAGAGACUAACAAAGAAAGUGUCCUCACUCCUCUCAAGGCUAUUAUGAAGGCAUCUAAAUAG